AGCCGAUCCGUCAGAAGAACGAGGCGCUCGAGCCCCGACGGGAACGUCGCAGGACGUCGUCCAAGUGCGCGCGCGGACAGCUACUUUUUUUUAAUUUUUUUCCACCUUCUCGAGUGAAGCCUGCUGGUGCACCUGCUGGAUAGGACAGCAAACGGGAUAUGAGCUACACCGAACCGCUGUGGGAGAUCAAUGGGAAUCAAGCACCAGUAAUCGCGGCGGAAAUGUCGCAGUACGUUGGCGGUGAGAUUGGCAGCUACCCUAUGUGGGACGGUUCCGUUUUGUACCAGGCACAGCCGCCUACUCAUCCGCACGUGAACGAGCACGGAUUGUACAGACAACCCUGUGCGUUGUUGCACCAGAGUCGUUACACGCCGAACGGCCGUUCGCCCAACCUGCCGUCGUCGACGACGAAGAAGCCGAGGCGUCGAGUAGCGACGGUGUCCCAGAGGAGAGCCGCGAAUAUCCGAGAAAGGCGCAGGAUGUUCAAUCUGAACGAAGCCUUCGAUAAAUUGCGCAGAAAGGUGCCGACGUUCGCUUACGAAAAACGCCUGUCGAGAAUCGAAACGCUGCGCUUGGCGAUUACAUACAUCGCAUUCAUGGGCGAGCUGCUCGGUAUCGAGCCGAGCAGCCCGAAGCAGGAGUAUAUACCGCGGGAGUAUUACCUGCCGAACUGAAUCUGUCUUCUAGUUCAGCCAGACGACGAAUCAGAUGACGCCGAGCUCGACGUGGUCGCGACGAAGUCGUGUCUCUUGUCUCCUUCAUCUGCAUGGAGCGCCUCGUCAAUGCUCGAACGCUCCUGACCGACGAAACUGACGAUUAAUAAAAAAAAGUCUUCCAUUAUUGAUUAGUGUUAUAGUGGUUAAGUGACGAAACGCAAUUUAAUGCAUGUUCGUGUGUGAUAUUCUCGUUCUCCUGUAACGCUAUCGGAUCCUUUUAUCGAGCGUUAUCGCUGAUCCUUUCGAUUCUACGAUCUCUUCAUGUUCCUCGGGAAUCGAUAUUGCUCACGAAGAAAAGAGGAAACGAUCAUUCUUUUCGGUCCUGCGGGGUGAUAAGAUUUUUCGAGUUUCUCCUUGGGAUAUAUCUCGAUCGUAUCAAAAGAACUCAAAUCUGUCUCCUUCUAAUCCUGUAUUACGUGGCCAACGAUCUCGUAAUGCUUCAUCGUCAUGAUUAUCGUGGAUCUUUUGCGAUUAGAUGUCGCUGACUGCGAUAAAUUAAGUGACAAUAUUAGAUUAAACUUCUCUGUCUUCCACUAUUCGUAAUACGUUGUAUACUAUAAAAUGACGUUUGGACGGUAUUUGCAGCGGAGUAAAGAAUUGUCAUUUCGGUCUUCAGUGAAGCAAAUAAUUCACGGAAACUUGUAGUUUUAAAAUUGACGAUAAUAAAUUAACUUUCCCGAUGUUGAGCGAAAUUCACUCUUCUGGUCGAAAUUAUUCUCACGGUAACACAAAGAAGCUACAUAUUACGCAGCUGCAAAUACUCACCGAUUUUAACAGAUAAUAAUGGCUGAAUAUUGCCGAUUACUGCGUGGAAAUAAAUGAGUGUAGUGUGUAAAAAUAAGUUGAAAUAAAAUUUAAUAAUAAUACCAUCCGAGAUAACUACUUUGCAACAGAUUAAAGAAGACGAAAUGGGUUCCAGCUGUAUGCUUUUAUAUUAUGUCAA